AACAGCGACCCAAAAACGGUUAGAGGGACCUACCGGUCCAAUAGGCGAAAGGCGCGCGUGCCAAAAUGAAAUUGUGGGGCCUACAGCUUCCCCGCAAGACCCCAACUGGCGCGCUUGUCAAUCCGUUGGCAUUCCGGCCCUCAUUCUUCCAAAGGCCACAGCCAGGAACGCCUUCCUCUAUCUAGGGUUUCCUCCGUUGUUCCAGCGUUCCUAUCAGCGCAAGCCCUCUGAGUGUUUGACUAAAUGCCCGCAUACUUUCCAUCUCGGACUUUGCCCUAACCCUAAGUAGAAAUCGACCGCCCCAUUUGAGGCUGCUUUGGUGUUAAGCACAUGAGGUUCUCUGCGGUAGAUUGAGAUGAAACUUGACGCUCUACUGACCUCCGCUGGCAUAAACAUCGGCCUCUGCGUGUUUUUUAUCUCGCUAUAUUCGGUGGUCAGGAAGCAGCCUUCAAAUUUAUAUGUUUAUUUUGGGCGGAGUACUCUGACGCAGGAGCGGAAGAAGAGCAAUGAUUCCUUCAAAAUUGGCAGAAUUUUGCCUACUCCGGCUUGGAUACUCGAGGCAUGGGGACCGACCGAAGAUGAGAUAUUGGCAUCCGUUGGUCUUGAUGCUGUUGUAUUUUUAAGGAUGAUUGUUUUCAGUAUCCGAAUAUUCUCCAUUGCUUUCCUGAUCUGCAUGUUUGGGGUAUUGCCGCUGAAUUAUUAUGGACAAGAAAUGACUCACAACCGCAUGGCUCGUGAAUCUUUGGAAGUUUUUACAAUUGUCAAUGUUAAGGAAGGCUCUCAAUGGUUGUGGUUUCACUGCCUUGCCUUGCAUAUUAUCUCUUUCUCAGCUUGCACCCUUCUUUAUUUUGAAUAUCAAAGAAUUUCCAAACUAAGACUGGAUCAUGUUAUAGCUUGUCCUCCUAAACUUAGCCAUUUCACUAUUCUUGUUCGUUCGAUACCACGAUUGGAAGACAUGCCACGUGAUGAUGCCAUUAAAGUGUUUUUCAUAACUUAUCAUGGAAUGAGUUACUUGUCACAUCAAAGAAUUUAUCAGAGUGGAGCAUUUCACAAAUUUAUGACUAAUGCAGAGAAGCUAUGUAGGAAAUUUGUCCCCCUAAGGGCUCUCAGUUUCAACUUUAAAAGAAUACCUGCCAUAAAUCGAUGUGGCCUUUGUGGAGGGACUUCUAGAUCUUAUGAUCUGCAUGAUAAUGCCUUUGACAUUGAGGAGAGAAGAACUCCACUCAGCUGUUCAGGUUCGGGGCAAAGGGAAGAGGAUUCUUCAGCUGCAUUGGUAUUUUUCAAAACACGGUAUGCUGCAGUUGUUGCUUCUCGAGUUCUUCAAUCAUCAAACCCUAUGUUAUGGGUUACUGAUUUGGCUCCAGAACCUGAUGACCUACUCUGGUCAAACCUUUCUAUACCAUACAGGCAACUUUGGAUUCGCCGACUAUCAAUAGUUGUGGCUACUAUUCUAUUUUUGUUUUUGUUUCUCAUUCCAGUAACAUUUGUGCAAGGUCUUACACAGCUAGAUACAUUACAGCAGAAACUACCAUUUCUAAGAGGUAUACUAACAAAGAAAUACAUGAUCCAACUGGUAACGGGCUAUCUUCCCAGUGUUAUCUUACUCGUAUUUUUUUAUUCUGUACCUCCAAUAAUGAUGCUAUUUUCUACCGUGGAAGGAGCUAUCUCCCGUAGUGGCAGAAAGAAGAGUGCUUGUUGCAAAGUGUUAUACUUCACGAUUUGGAAUGUUUUCUUUGUCAAUGUUCUAUCUGCAUCUGUUAUCCAUCAGCUAAUGUUCAUUUCCCAGCCAAAAGACAUUCCUUUUGUUCUUGCUCGAACUUUACCAGGACAGGCUACCUUUUUUAUUACUUAUGUCUUGACUUCAGGCUGGACAAGUUUAUGUGCUGAGCUAGUACAAUGUUUUUCCCUUACGUAUAAUCUUCUACAAAAGCAUGUAUUUAGGAAGAAGGCGGAUGAUCCGAACAAGGUGCCAACAUUUCCAUACCAUACUGAAGUUCCCAGAGUUCUACUUUUUGGGCUUCUUGGAUUCACAUGCUCUAUUCUGGCACCAUUGAUUUUGCCAUUCUUGAUGGUAUAUUUCUCGCUUGGUUACUUGGUAUACCGCAACCAGAUGCUCAAUGUUUAUCGUACGAAAUAUGAGAGUGGGGGACAGCUAUGGCCCGUUGUCCACAACACCACAAUCUUCUCCCUCGUGCUUGCACAGAUAAUAGCCCUUGGAGUCUUCGGUUUAAAGAAAUCAACGGUCGCAUCAGGAUUCAUGAUCCCUCUUGUGAUAUUCACCCUCCUUUUCCAUGAGUACUGCAGAAAACGGUUCCUUCCAAUAUUCAAAAAAUUCUCUGCACAGGCUCUCGUUGAGAUGGACAGACAGGAUGAGAUGUCGGGAAAAAUGGAAGAAAUCCAUAAGCUACUUCAAUCUGCUUAUUGUCAGACUGCAACUAUUCACGAGGAUGAGCUAGUUGACGGGUGUAGCAGAGAGGAUAACUAACUCUGGGUCUCUGGUUCCAAAUUUAAUUCUACACAUCUAAUUCGGCAGGCUUUUUUUGCGGCGAGCUUAGUUCUCUUUUGAGCCAUAUUUCAGCUCAUUAAUCUUCUAAAGUGAAUAAGAGAAAGAUCCUCCCAGGGAGUAUUUUGACACAAACCUCAGUUGUUUUGCAUGUUACAUAAGUUAACUAGAUGGUAGACCAAUAUAUAGAUAUAGCCAUGAAGGGUGUGUAGUUUUUAUUUCUAGUUACCUUACUCAAUUGGAUAAAUUAAGCCAGUUUCUGCUUUCUGAUAUGUUAGAAUGAUAUUGUGUUAGAGUUGUUGCGUACCAUAAACUACAUUGUGGAAUGUUACUAGAAUUUUAACUCGAUUAGUUCAUAGAUGUAACCUCAAAAAUAGGUACCAUUGACAUAUUGUAGCAAUAUUUAUUGAAAUAGCUUACAUGCGUCUACUGGUUGCUC